GAGAAAUGCAAUUCUAUUUUUGUUUGGUUAUAAUAGAAAACAUAUUGGAAAAGAAAGGGAGAGGGAAAUGAAUUAAGAAAUAGGAGGACCUUCUAGAACAUCAAUUCCUUUAUAUCUGUGAGAAAAGACCCGGGAAAACUAGGAGGAAAAAUUUAUCGGGGAGAGAGUUUCAUUGUUCAUGGCCUCUUGCAGGAGACCAUUCAUGAGUAGCUUCAAACAACCACCACUGACGAGUUUUGAAGAUCUAACUCCUGAAGCAAAAUCUGAUUUUCAGCAUCAUUCAGCAAACCCUUCCAAUCAGGGAUCAUCAUUUGCUUCAAUUGGUAAUCUUCAGUCACUGAACUCGAUUGAAGAUUCAUUGCUUGGAAAUUUCGAUCAGCAUCAUUCAGCAAACCCUUCCAAUUGGGGAUCAUCAUUUUCUUCAAUUGGUAAUCUUCAAUCAUUGAACUUGGUUGAAGAUUCAUUGCUCGAAAAUUUUGAUCAAGUGUUUGUGCCCCUCUUUCGUUUUCUCUUCCCCUCUCAUUAAACUCAGAUCUGUAUUGAAAAUUCCAUACACACACACCUAUAUAUGUUUUAUUAUGAAUAAGAGAUUAUAGAUACAUCUAUUUAUUUAUCUAUGUUCAAGCUGCUUUGCAAUUUUGCUCUGAAGUGAAAUUGCAGAAACCCUUUUUGUUUUCUAAGUAGUUUGAUGAUUUAAUAUCUUCUUUUCACUUUGCAUGGCUUUAAUGAG